CCUGGGUCGCAGGCAUCUCAGCUGAUCAUGGCAACUCGGGGACUGCUGCUGCUGGCUUCCUGGGCUCUCCUCGGGGCUCUGGUGCUGCAGGCCGAGGCGAGGCCCUCGCCCUAUGGGGUGAAGCUCUGCGGUCGGGAGUUCAUCCGCGCGGUCAUCUUCACCUGCGGGGGCUCACGAUGGCGCCGGGCGGAUAUCUUGGCCCACGACCCUCUGGGGGAAUUCUUCGCUGAUGGAGAAGCCAAUACAGACCACCUGGCCAGCGAACUGGACGAAGCUGUGGGCUCCAGCGAGUGGCUGGCCCUGACCAAAUCCCCCCAGGUCUUCUAUGGGGGUCGAUCCAGCUGGCAAGGGUCUCCCGGAGUGGUUCGGGGCAGCAGAGAUGUGCUGGCUGGCCUUUCCAGCAGCUGUUGCGAGUGGGGCUGUAGCAAGAGCCAAAUUAGCAGCUUGUGCUAGGAUCUGGGCUGAGCGAUGGGGAAGCGGGCAGGGCGUCCAACCUGCUGUCAGCUAUGCGAUGUUCACGAGCAUUCCUACAGGGAAAGCAGAGGGCUCCGCUGUCUCCUUACAGACCGUCUGCCAAGACGCACACACUCUACUGCGUCCACCUUUCUCCACUUUUGCUGCUGGCCAUCCUCUAUCCAGCCAAACAGAAACUUUUUAUGGUUGAGAUCUUCCUCGCUCCAACCAUACCCCUAGCAGCCCGGCAGCAACCAGAUAGAUGCCCAUCUACCCAAACUGGCUAAACUGAGGCCCCCACCCUCACCCCCGCCAUCUAUUCAGCCCUAAUUGCCGCCACUGUCCCUGGCCAACCUGCCACCUGCUUCUCUCCUUUCAGUUCCCAACCCAGAACACUCUGUUGCAGACCCCAGGACUGAGGGCGCCAGGUCCCCAGUACUCAGACUUACCCACCACAAAAUAAAAGUUCAGUUUUGAGC